UAUCAGGAUUCGUCGAAAAUAAUCUUCAUCCUUUAUUCGAAUGUAAAACUUCCGAGAGUCGAAAUGAAAAAUGUUAAAGUUUGCCUUUUUACAGCGUAUGUAUUUGUAUUGAUGAUAUCUGAAAUAUACACCAAGGAAGGUGGUGAGAAAAAUUCCAUGGCUGGGAAAAAUAAACAGUAUUUUUCAAACACCACAAAGAAGGAUGUUCUGGUAAAUACAUUUUACCGACAAAAACGUGACAGCAUUGUGUUUGAAGAGGAUGACUUUGAUCCUAACGGAGGAUAUGGACCAUGGUCAAUAUGGAGUCUUUGCAGUAAAAGCUGUGGAACUGGUCAAAGAACGCGCAGACGAACUUGUCAUGACGUCACAAGAUGUCAUGCUGGAAAUGUGGAAUUACAGAAUUGCUUUCUCAGAAAAUGCAGAUCUUGAUUUUUUUUUUGGUUUGAUACCUAAAUAAAAACAUGACUCUGUAGAAUGAAAGUAACACAGAAUUUUUUUUUUUUUUAAGUUUUAUUUGCAAUAACAACUGAUUAAAUACUGAUUGUCAUGCUAUACUGAGUAAAAAAUAUAAUAACUCAUUAAAAAAAACGAAUUUUUUUUUUCUUUGGUGUACG